AUGGGCCCAAACGUGAGGUAUGUACCCAGUCUGUCAAGUGUACAUCGCAUGAAGGUACCUACAACCGUUAGCUCUUCUGAAAAAAUAUCUUUGUCUUUUCACGAACGCCAACAAGUCAAGCGUGAAAAAUAAUCUACGAUCGCGCAAUACUUCAGCACACAAUAGUUUGGUCAUUAGAUCUUCUUUGUGUCCGAUCACUAGUUGGUGAUAAACAAUAAUGUCUGACAGCUGGUUCUCUGCGAGGUCGAGGAUAAGUAACAUUCUAAAAGGCAGUUCGCAUCUUGCUACACGAAGACUUUGCACUUCUUGAGAAAGAGUUCGUGAGGCGACACAAGAUGUUGUGACAACUCUGAAGUUGUGUGAAGACUUAUAAGGAAUCGGAUGUAAAGUUAAGGACUUAGGGAGAAUUGUAAAAUCUGUUGCGAAGGAAGAUUAUAUCAAGGCAUUUUAAAGAUGAUUUGGAGCAGGGACAGACAUCAGAGGCAGUCUCUUAACCUCAAGAGACAGAAGAAACUCUGGAAACCUCUCAGCCUAGUUGCAAGUUACACUUGUUACUAAAAAAGGCAGGGACCAUCAAGCGUGGAUCGGGCUGUUGUGCCCCAGCAAAUCAUCCACUUUACGCACUCAUUGCCACAUCAGUGGAGAAAUGAGGCAAAUACUGCGCCUGCACAGCACCAGGAGGAGGAUUUUCUUGGAACCAGCCUGAAACAGAAGGAGUGCAGCCAAGGAGAACCCUUCUCUGUGUUUAAUGUCGGAAGUUCAAAGAAUCGUUUCUUUGUGUCUGAAGUCUUCAGCACACACGAGGACAUACAGCUUGUAACUGUGCAGACACUUCUGAAACUGGUGAGACGUGACAGUUUGUGUCAACAUGGCUGCUGUGUCAUAGUGUGCGCAUUCUUUUUAAGCUCGGAUUUUUUUUUAAAGCCAGUGAAGCGAAGGAAGAUUCUAUACCCAGGGGAAUGAACUAAGCUCUGGCAAAAUCCUGAAAGCCCGGUUUUGACUCUGAUUGUAUUUGACUUCGUUGUCUCAUGACCGCAAACAAAGUUGGUGACCGUUUUGCUGGGUUCUAAUGUGUAGAUCGAACAUAAAUAAAUAAACGAAAGACCUGUGUGGAGAGAAACAGUGUGAGACAACAAAACAUGGAGGCUAUGCCUGGACCAGAUUUCGUGAUCUAAAGACAAAACUUCACUGUCAUGUCAUGAGCCACACGAUUAUCCAUUGUGCUCGUUAUGCCACCGGUUAAGCAGGUGCGAUUAGUGGUUCUUGACACCCUCCUUCCCCAACCAUCGAAGGAAAGAAUCCAGCCCUGUAGUACGCCAUGAUGUACGGCAACAACAGCACCGCGCCGCCGCUGAAUGACCUGCUGCAGCCGGACAUCUACAGCCGACUGGAUGCCGAAGCCAUCGAGCGCACGCGCGUGGCCAACACGCAGCUGAUGGAACGCCUGCGCAUGCAGGAGAAGGUGCUGCUGAGGUACCAGCGUGCAGCGGAACUCUUCCAUGCGCGGCAGGAGGCGCUGGUGCGGCGCGAACUGAAGCGGAUCACGGAGCAGCUACCCGCCGCCAGCCGCAUCAGGGACUUCCGUCUGCGCUUCGCCAGCGCCGGGCUGCCACCUGACCCCGACGGGGUCAAGGAGCGGAGAGUCCGAGGUGUUCCCGAGGAGAAGCACGACCUGCCGUUCUGCGAAAGGUACUUCAUCCACCAUCUCCCCAACAAGAAAAAGUUUUACAAGCAGCGGACCCCUACCCCUCCAUUCAAGCACGCUCCCGCUGCCGACGCAGCUCAAGGGAGCUUACCAGCUUCUGGUAGCGAAGUCUUGGUGUUGCCUCCCCUGACCGUUGUCAGUGACAACGCUGCGAGACCAAUGAGCGGUGCUGGCAGUUUGCACGCGGCCCUCAUCUCCGAGUCAUCGCAGAACAUGGACGCCGCCAUUGUUAACGCAUCGCUGCACCAAGGAGACAAGGAAAGACAAGGAUAUGAUGACGAGGCACAGCUCAGUACUCGGAUGUCAAGGUCCGGACAAGAAGGUAAAAAACGCGGCAAUAAGUCAGUCUCCUUUCAUCCUAUCGAAGAAAACGAUGAAGUGAAUGAAAAUACUAUUUAGCGAAUUCAAACUCGGGGAUAUUAAUGAAACUGUCAUUGGACCUCGAACAAGAGUUUGUCAAACAAUCCUGUACAUAUAGCGAAUGAAAUUGUCUUUUAUCUCACAAUGGUCUGAUUCUUUUCUGUUUCUUCUUCUGUUGUGUGUUUGAUCUCUGUACAGUUUUCGUGAGUGAAAGAAAUAAAAAGUUUCAAAUAUUUAUGUUAGCAUGAAAAGAUCAUGUGACUAAAAGGUAG